AAAUAACUGGAUACAAAUGGCUUCGUGAUGAAGAAGUUUCAAGCAUAAACGGAAAACAGCAAGAGCUCAAAUCUUAAUAGCCUCGCUUCCUAUCUUAAUCGCAGGACUUCUUACUCUUUAUGCUAUUUCCAUGGUGUUUUCCUUCUGGAUGUUUGUAGAAGAAUUCAACAAUACUAUAGCUCAUUUCUUAAAACUAAAAGAAGGUCAGCUUGCCCGUAAAGCUCAUGCUUCUGCCAUAAACAAGCAAAGAAUUCUGCAAGAACCUUUAAAUAAUAAUGAAGUUUUCAAAGCAUUUUUGGAGGAGACAAUGCAAGGGAGAAUUCCUAUAUCAAGCCACUUUAAUAUCGAAACCAUAAGCUUGCCAUAUACCGAGGUACCAACUGAUUCUAGGGACUUAGAUUAUUCAUAUUGGUUCAUCGAUAACGUGACUACUUCAUAUGAAACAUUAUCUGAAGAAGAGAGGCAACGCAUAAAAUUUUUAACUCCAUUGUUCCCUAUAUGGAAAAGUUUCCUUCGUGAUGACCUCUUAAGUGAAGAGUCGUUCUUUAAUACUAUAUAUUAUGCUACUGAAGAAAAGAGACUAUUUUUUAGGUAUCCUACUGUAGGAUCUGGAACUUUUACAAAUUGGUCAAGGACAGAGGACCCAUGCGAAUAUUUCGAGUCUGGGAAAAUGGACUUCUACGAUGCUAGAUGAAGGCAUUGGUAUAGACAAAUGAAAGAUAAUCUUUAUAAUCCAACCAUUUUCGGACCAUAUUUAGGGCCAACACCUUCGAAUGCAUUUUAUGCAUUAACAUUAGCCCAAGGUAUUGAAAAUAAUGGUUCAUUGCACGGAUCUUUUGGUCAUGACAUAAAUUUAAAUUUUGCAGAGAGAUAUGACUGGAAUUUCGGUACCAAAGGGCCAAACACUCAUUACUUUAUGACUUAUUUUGAUGGGACAAUACUUAAGCAUUCAAAUGUAACUUUAGACCAGGAAAGCCAGUCUUUAACUAAAGCUGAAUUUUCAACAUCAAAUACAUCCUUAUCUGAAGAAUUGUUUAAUGGAGAAACUGAGGAGUUUAAUAAAACAUUUUUGCCAAUCUUUAAGUCAUCACACUCAACAGAAAUUGUAAGGUACUCAAAAUAUGGGAAGAGGUACCUUGCUGUUGUGUAUCCAUUGAAGGUUAGCUUCAACUCCAGUAAAGAAAAUCCUCAAAGAGUUUUCAUUUACACUCAAGUUACAAGUGAAGAAUAUAUCAUUUCAAUUAUAAAAGAUGAAUCAACUCUGAUAAGGUCCCUUAUAAUUUGGGGAAUACUAUUCACAGGCUUCUUUAUCUUUAUCUUAGUGAUUUCAAUUUGAAUUCUUUCAAAAAUUGCCUCGAGAGCAUUGAGGCCUAUCAAAUUGUUAAAUAACAAAGUAACCAUCCUAAACAAUACACCUGGGACAAAGACACUGGAAAAUGCCAAAUCGAAAAUGACUUCUUAUGAAUCCAUACUCCUUUUCCAAGUCUUCACUGAUCUGAUUCCUGCUGUAAAAUUUGCCAACAACAAUAUUGACAAUAGUAAUGAUGCUCUGUCUAUUAUGGAAUAUGCUGAAGCUUACACUGUUUUCCAAGGAAAUAAGAAAGUUCAAGGAAUUUGAAUGACCAAUAUUGGCCACCAUUACUUUAACCUCAAAGAUUACCAGAAAGCGUCUAGGAGCUACGAAGAAGCAGCUCAAUGAGCACAUGACCUCAUGAUAAUUGGCGACUCUGGAUCGACCAACAUUGAAGAAAAUAUAAAGCCUUUCUGAAAAAGAACUUAUUAUGCAAGCAUAGCUAAAUUCUUCUACCUCAAAAAUUUCAAAGGAACCGCUACUGAAGAAGAGAUUCUUACAGUGAGAGAUGAGCUUAAAUAAGGCCGAAGGGAUCAUUAUUGAAUAUCUUACAGACUGUAUCGAUGAUUUAUUGAUCAUGCUAAACCUAUACUCGAGCAAAUGCCUUCUCAUGACAAGAAGGCUGAUCUCUGCAGAAAAUGAUCUGAAAUCAGCAAUGGAAAUUUAUAGAUGGAGGAGACCUACAGAUCAACAAGAUCGUCCUGAGAUCCCAGUAAUUCCGAGAUGAAUUUUAAAGCAAAGACUUAUACUCCAAAAAGCACUUGUAAUGAUUGAUUUCAAAAAGAUUAAACCUGCAUGUCUCCUUAUGACUAAGCUUCUUAAAUCAGGAAAAGUCUACGAUCCUACUACAAGGAAGGAAGCAUUGAAAACUCUUCAUUUUCUACUAACAGAACAUCUUGGGAGAAAAUGUUUCCAAGAAUAUCCAGAGACUCAGAACAUUGGAAAAAUGAUACAGGCAUUUCAUACAAAAAGGAAGAAAAAUAUAGUUCUAAUCGUAGACUCAAACAAUGAUGAUUAUUUCUUAACAAAGAAGAAUCUUUGUUGAGAAAUAUUUGAUUCUUUGGAAUCUGAGGAUAAUAUGGCGCUAUUAUCUCUUUCCAAAAACGUAAAGAGAAUCUUUUCAUUUGCCCCUAAGGAACAGAACACUAUUCAGCUGAAUAAUCAACUAAAGGGAUUAGGAUCUUCAGAUUUUAAGAAACUUCUUCUUUUCAGAGGAAUUCAAUAUGGAGUUGAGGAAAUUACAAAAAAUAAAAAUAGUAGCCAAAUUCAAAACCAACAAUGGAUAAUUUGAAUUGUCAGCACAACAAAAUUCAGCAGAUCUUAUACUUCUGAACAAUGGGCGAAACUAGAGCAGAAGAUGAAAGAGAAAAAUAUAAAUAUUCUAUUAAUAUGAGUUGGGAAUCCUUCUGAUAAAGAUUUCUCCAAGCUACAAAAGCAUAGUAACUUCAAUGACUCAACAGUCUUCCUUAACUUCACUCGUUUCUACAAUAAAAGAGAGAGGAUGAAUGGAAGUACUAUCGCUUUAUUCGGUACUAAAAUGGUCAGAAUUGUGUCACCUACACCUGAAGUAGAGCGCCUUCGAUCCCUAAUGUCCAACAUUAGCAAUAUCAGAGUUAGUGAGGAUAAACUAAUCUAUGAGAAAUUUUAG